UUGACCAAAUUCAAAGAUUUGAACUCGGUCCGAAAACCAUGUGAACAUCUCCAUAUUUACUUCACAGAAAUGAUAAAUCAAAAGUAUUUGUCCGUGUGCUGAUUUGAACUGUGGCACUCAGAUUUUGCUCUCGACCGCAUUUCUCAACCAUUGCUUCAGAUCAUAUUAGUUAAUGGGUGAUUAAAUUCGAGGGAUGGAGAAGAUAAACUAUCUCAUACUGACCUUUUUUUGAACAGAAAUAGACUUAUGUGACAUGAAAAUGUUGAGAUUAAACUCUAUAAUCCACGCCCUUUGCGCUGCCAACCGUUUCCCUCAAGCUCACUCUACAUUCCUCCUAUUUCUCAACUCUAAUUGCAUCCCUCCUCACCGUACCUGUAAUGUUCUCAUUGCCCGCUUACUCGACUCGCAAUGCCCACAUGGCUUGUAUCAUGUUCUGCAGCGUUUGUUUGCUGUGAAGCCGGAUUUCGUGCCUUCUCUGAUUAAUUACAACCGUUUGAUUCAUCAGUUUUGCCAAAUUUUGCUGCCCGAUAUAGCGCAUAGGCUGCUGUAUGAUAUGGUUGGUAGAGGGCAUUCUCCAAAUGUUGUUACUUUUACCAGUUUGAUUGGCGGGUAUUGUGAAGUAAGUGAAGUGGGUAAUGCACACAAGGUGUUUGAUGAAAUGCGUGAGUACAAUGUAGUGCCCAAUUCUCUAACGUAUAGCGUGUUGAUUCGCGGGAUUUUGAGGAGUAAUAGAGGGGUUGAACAUGGGAGGGAGUUGUUCUGUAAUCUUUGGGAAACUAUGAAAAACGAGGAUGAUCCGUCUGUGAAUAAUGCGGCUUUUGCUAAUUUGAUUGGUUCUUUAUGUAGACAAGGUUUUUUCAAUGAUGUCUUUGACAUUGCAGAAGAUAUGCCCCAAGGUAAGAGUGUUAAUCCGGAAUUCGCAUAUGGAGUUUUGAUUGAUUCGCUUUGUAGAGCUGGAAAGAGCCAUGGUGCUUCAAGAAUUGUUUAUAUAAUGAGAAAGAAAGGGUUUACUCCGAGUUUGGUCUCAUACAAUUCUAUUAUACACGGGCUUUGUAAUGAGAGAGGUUGCAUGAGGGCUUAUCAGUUGUUCGAAGAAGGGUGUCAAUUCGGUUAUUUGCCAUCGGAGUAUACUUACAAGGUUCUGGUCGAAAGGCUUUGCCAGGAAAUGGAUCUUGAUAAGGCAAGGAGAGUUUUAGAAGCAAUGUUGAAUAAAGAGACUGUAGAUAAAACUAGAAUUUACAAUAUAUAUUUGAGAGCAAUUUGUUUUACGAAUAGUGGAACCGAACUUUUGAAUGUGCUUGUUUCCAUGCUCCAAACUGAGUGUCAGCCGGAUGUGAUCACUCUAAAUACUGUUAUUAAUGGGUUUUGCAAGAUGGGAAGAAUCGACGAAUCUUUGACAGUACUGAAUGAUAUGAUAACGGGAAAAUUUGUAACGCCUGAUGUUGUGACCUUCACCACCAUUAUAACUGCUCUAUUGGACGCUGGAAGAAGUCGAGAAGCUCUCAAAAUAGUGCAGGAAGUAAUGCCCGGAAAAGGUAUUCUUCCUGGUGUAGUGACAUAUAAUGCAGUUAUUCAUGGUUUAUUUAAGCUUCAGUUAGCAGAGGAGGCAAUGAGGGCUUUUAGAAGCAUGAUAGCUGCUGGUGUUGCUGCUGACGCUAGAACUUACUGCAUAAUUAUCGAAGGAUUAUGCGAGUCUGGCCUAAUCGACAAGGCUAAAAAGUUAUGGGAUGAUGUGAUUUGGCCGUCGAAAGUUCAUGACGAUUUUGUUUAUGCAUCAAUUCUUAAAGGGCUUUGUCGCUCUGGUAAAUUAACGGAAGCAUGCCAUUUCCUGUAUGAACUGAUAGAUUCUGGGGUUAAUCCUAAUAAUGUUAGCUAUAAUAUUGUGAUUGACAGUGCUUGCAAGUUAGGUAUGAAAAGAGAAGCUUACCAAAUUGUAGCAGAAAUGCGAAAAAACGGUGUUGUCCCUGACGCUGUAACUUGGCGGAUUCUUGACAAAUUACAUGCCACUAUUAAGGGAUGAUUCAACUUGAGGAAUUAUAUAUUGUGUCGUUUUAACUGCAAAUGAAAAUUGCAUUUACAUAAUUGAAAGUAUUUUAUGUCCUUUUGAUGCUUGCUGCUACUUGUACACACAGUAUUUACAGCUUUGAUAUUGUGGAGCUCCUGGCCAUCAAGCUGAGUUUGCAGAACCAACCGAGUCUAUUGACAUUGUUUAAUGGAGUAAUCCAAGUUCUAUAUCGCGCCAAAGCAUAUGCUGCCCUCGAAAACGCUGAGAAGCUCUUAUUAACCUGUUCUGUUUGUGCGGUAAUAAAAUGAAAUUUGUUCGUUUUCUCCCCUACCUUAAUUGGGGUUCUAACUUGCAACCACAGAGUUUAUAGGGAUAAUUUUAGUACUGCUGAAGCAAAAAUAUACUUGAUGCUCUGCAUCUCUACAAGAUAUAAUUGCUUGGUUUGAGAGAAGAUCAAGGGAACCUUUCAAUUGGGAAACUUUUCCGGAUAAAGUUGCAGUACAAAUGAAUGAUACUCACCUAACUCUUUGCUUACCCGAACUAAUUGGGAUCUUGUUGGAUGUCAAGGGGUUGAGCUGGAACGAACCUUGAAAUAUUACGAGCAGAACUGUCGCUUACAUGAACCACACAGUUCUGUCAAAGGUUUUGGAGAUAGGGAGUUUGGAUUGCUUCAGGAGUUGCUUCUACGACAUAUAGAGAUCAUUAAGAUUAUUGACGAGGAGUGCAGUUUAAAGCCAUCUAUUAGACAUGUUAAACAGCUGAUCAUACCAUAAAUGCGGAGUAUGGCUCGGAGGAUCUUGACUUGUUAGAACAGAAGCUGAAGGAAAUGAGGAUUCUUGACAAUGUUUGCCAUACUCAGUUGCUCAACUGUUAAUUUUUUUUUGUCAAAGCUCAACUGUUAAUUAAAUCAGGUAAAAUCAGUAGUUGAAGAUAUUGGAGUUGAAGAUUCUGAUAAAGAAACCAAAUCGUUUGCUGGAAGGAAGAAUAAAAACAGGAGGAAGAGGGGAAACAUGAUGUGGCAGAUCCAGUGCAGCCAAAGUUAUCGAAUGGCGAAUGUAUAUGUUGUUGUUGGUGGACAUGCAGUAAAUGGGAUUUCUGAGAAAUGUUUUCAAUGAAUUUUAUAAGGGUUGCCUACAAGUAGUCAUCUUUUGUGAUCAACAAAUAAGAUGGGAGUAAGAAAAGGGAUAAAUAAAUACUACCCCCCUGAAUUUGAUGCGUCCAAACUACCCCGGCGUCGAGGAGCACUGAAUGAUGCGAUGAAGGUUCGGAUGAUGCUUCCUAUGAGCAUCCGCUGCAAUUCCUGCGAUUUUAUUUGAAGUGCACCCACUGCAAGGCUGAGAUCAUGUUUAAGACUGAUCCUCAACAUAGUGAUUAUGUCGUCGAGAUUGGCGCUAGUCGAAAUUUUGAAGCAUGGAGAGAUGAGUGUCAGCAUGAAGAGAUGGACGAUGCAAUGAAACUCUUGGAGAAUAAGAGUUUGGAUAAUAAGAGGAGAAUGCGUAUUGAGAAUCAACUUGAUGAGUUGCAGCGUUUGAAGUGUAGACAGGCCAAAGUUGUUGGUUCAGAAACACUGCUUCAUGUUUUGGCAGACAAGAAGAAGAAGUUAGUAGAAGAAGAAGAAGAGGAUGAUGAAUCACUUGUCAAAUCUAUUUUUGGUCAGAGGUUUAAAGUCCUGAUUAGGCUCCGCGAGGACGAGGACGAGGACACAUUUGCUUCAUUUUCAACCUGAUGAAAGGUGGAUCAUACAUACUCGUCUCAAAUAUGUAUGGCAGUGCGAAAAUGUCAGCAUCGAAGGUUCGAACCGGAAAGCUAGACGUCGUAUAUUCGCAAUUGUAAUUAGCAGGAUCAACCGCCUCUAUUUGUAACCUUCCUUCUUCUAAUAUAACUAACUUGGAAAAGAUCGAAAAGGUGGCUCUAUUUCCAGAGCUAAAAUUACUUGGAAAAAAAAUACAUCUCAA